UCAUCAAUCAGUAAUGGUAGGGACUCUGCGGAAUGGUGUUCUCGCGCUCCGUGGACAUAGGAUCCCGUGAAGAAGCGAGCCCUAUAACCAGCAGCUACCCUGCGUGGAGUAGAAAUAAUAACGCUUCUAUUAUAAGCAUGCGUGAUCGGUUAAUUGGGAACUGACAGUCUUAGGGUAUAGUUGGAGCGGCUGAUCUUACCGGUCAGGUAAGGAGCUGAGAGGUUUUCUUCUGUUCGUGAUAGAUUGACGGCGUGGCAGCAAGAAACUGCACUGAAGGUCUAAGAAACUGGGCUCAGUAUUAACCUGACGUUGGAAUAUUGAUAAAAAGGUCCAUGGCGCCUUCAGUUAAAUUGUCUUGUCAAAUCUGGAGAAGUUGAUCAGAGAGGACAUUGGUCAUUUUAACUUUAAACAUCCAGGUAAGAAAUCCUGGAUGAACGUCAUCACUAGGAACAUAACUUGAGGAUCUGAACGCCCUGGGGAGAGUCUCCACGUUAACAAAGAAACAGAGUGUAGGAAUGGGCAGCGGGGCAUCAACUGAGGGCAAGGGCCCGGAAGCCAGGAAAAGACGCUACAAGAAUGCUGUGCUGGUGAUCGGGACCUUCUCCAAACACACGAACCAGGCUAGGAAGCAGCAGAAGCGGCUUGAGCUCAUUAUGCACAUCGAGAGGAUAAAGAUGGAGAACAAUGCCGACUACGAGGAGGCUGUCAGGGGUAACGCAGAUCCCCACAGGUUCCGGCAGAGGUCUGCAACUUCGCGGAAAGACGCUGAUAUCCCAGACAGCUUUGUACCGGAUACUGACAAGCCCACGUGGGAAGCGUACUAUUCUGACCCGAAGUGUUGGUUGUGCCGGAAAGUGGCCGAUGAUGACGCCCACCCGUGUCGGGUGUGUACCCGGAUCUUCCACCAGGAGUGCCUCGAACAGUGUGGAGAGUGCCGCAAGGUUGACGCCCUGCUCACAAAGAAGUCGAGGACCAACAUCGGCUGGAGCUGCUAUAUCUGUAGUAACCUCAGUGUGUUGCUGAAUGAUACAGAACUGGAGGAAUUGAUCGAAUCCUUCGAGAACUACGACAAAGAUAAAGAUGGCUACGUGUCGUGGGAGGAGUUCAGCGAAGCUAAAGGUCACCUUUUGGAGCAGCGUGAGGAACGUCAGGUGACGGAGUUCGACACACGGUUGAUGAAGGUGGACUUCCAGGUGGCUGACGUGGACAGCGACGGCAGGCUGGACUGGUGGGAGUUCCUCAACCACGAGGCAAAGAAACUGCUGGCCAAGAGGGACAGGGUACGGGAGUUGGUGGACUUGCUGACGGAGAAGGAGUUGCUGGUGGCUAAGGCGCUGUUCCGGACGCUGGACAAGAACGGAGAUGGAACCGUGACGGAGCUGGAGGCCCGAGAAGCCUUCAGACAUUGGUACAGACACUUCGAGGAUGAGGAGAUGGAACGGCGUCUGGGGCGUGAAAGUUCGAACCUGGAGUUACACGUCAACCUCAACACGAAGUUGAUCAUGCACGUGGACAGCUGCGACCGAGAGGUUCUAACAUGGGCAUCAUAUCUGAUGGAACAGGGCCUCUACCUGCUGUGCAACAGACCCAAUAUUACUUUCAGCAAGUGACAUUGUCACACAUACCGAUCCGAACAUGUACGUGACUGUCCUCUUCACGCAGACGUGACACCAACAAUCACAGAAGUGACAACCCACCAUUAUCUUCGUCACUGUCAUAUCUCAUGAACGCCACUGUCCACUUUCUGUGGAAAAAACUCUGAUGCCGCGUUAAGCAAUAUUCACUCAUUCAUUGUACGCCCUCACAGACUUGACUACCCAUCCUCACAGACGUGACACCCACCCUUACAGACGUGACACCCACCCUUACAGACGUGACACCCACCCUC